UGUCUCAGCUGUACCGCCAGGCGUGGUCAGAAAUUCCCGAAGUCAUGGCAUCCUCUGUCAUGCUGCUGCUCGGCACUGGAUUAUUGGCUGGCUCACUAAUGCUUUACAACAACAAGAAAGCUGACAACAAAAGAUACCGUUAUGUAUACACAGUGUAUCGUCCUGAUGAUCCACGCGUUUCAUCCAUCAAGGAGUGAGGGUUGCCUGGCUGCCUGAGUCACCAUCUGUAUAGUUAUAUAUUUAAACCCUGUACACUACAUAUUAUGCUUUGUAAAAUGUAAAAAGAUCCUUUGGAAUUAAAUUCAAAUAAGAAA